UUUAAGCGGCAAGGUACCAAUGGUUUUGCGGUAGUGGUGUUGCGGCGGUUCUCUUGAGCGGUACUAAUUUCAAAUAUACGAGUCCAUUCGCGCAUAUAAUAGUGUUAAAUAACUUGCGGAAGUUUACAAAAAAAUUAGGUUCUUGAAUAGAAAAAGAAUGGCAUUGCAUAAGGAACCGACUAAGCAAAAUGACAAACAGCACCCACAAGAACCAUGGUAUGGUUCUAAAACCAGUUGCACAUCAGAAAAAAGCAUGGACAGCACAUUUAUGUAUCAGUCAAGAGAUCCUAUUAUUAAUAUUCCUCUAGACAAAGUUACUACCAAUGAGAAGCAGCAGGGUGGAGGACACAGCCAUGGGAUUCCCGCUGAACAUCCUACAUCUUUCUCUGAAACCCUUAUGCACCAUUUAAAAGGCAAUGUGGGAUCUGGUAUAUUUGCAAUGGGCGAUGGCAUCAGGAAUGCUGGAAUUAUUGUUGGACCCGUAAUUGUUAUCAUUUUAGGAAUUAUUUGUACGCACUGUCAGCACCUUUUGCUAAAGACAGCGAGAAAUCUUAACGAAUACAAAAAGCUUGACGUGAACCCUGACUUUGCCGAAACUGUGGAAUUAUGUUUUCAAAAUGGACCCCCCAAGCUGCAGGGCCUCGCGAAAAGCAUGAAGCGAAUGGUAAACAUCUUCCUCUGCAUCACACAGCUGGGCUUUUGUUGCGUGUAUUUUGUUUUCAUUUCGAACAACAUUCAGCAGGUGCUAGAAGUCCACGGUUUUGACCUGGACGUCCAUUUGCACAUGGCAAUAAUUCUAUUACCGAUCCUCCUGACUGCUUUGAUAAGAAACUUAAAGUAUUUGGCACCAUUUUCCGCUAUAGCGAACGUUUUAAUGCUUGUUGGAAUUGUUAUAGUCUUGUAUUAUAUGUUUCAAGACUUACCUCCCAUAUCAGACCGUGUUUAUAUAGCCAAUUAUCAACAGUUGCCGCUGUUCUUUGGCACUGCAAUCUAUGCUUUUGAAGGAAUUGGAUUGGUUCUACCGCUCCAGAACGAAAUGAAAAAACCUAAAAAGUUCACAACAUCUUUCGGAGUAUUAAACGUGGGAAUGUUCAUGGUGACGUGCCUUUACCUCAUCAUCGGCGUUCUUGGAUAUUGGAAAUACGGAGACGACGUUCAAGGAAGCGUAACUCUGAACUUACCAAAAGAAGAGCUAUUGGCCCAGUCAGUGAAAAUACUUAUCCCAUGCGGUGUCCUGCUAACUUACUCUCUGCAGUUCUACAUUGCAGUGGACAUAAUGUGGCCGGCGGCAGCAAAACUUUUUCCAUGUGACCUUAAAUAUCCAGUUAUUGCAGAGCUCAGCUUUAGAACUUUUCUUGUGCUCGUCACAUUUAUCCUUGCAGAAGCCAUUCCAUUACUCAGCCUGUUCAUCUCCCUGGUAGGAGCAGUAAGCAGUGCAGCUCUAGCCCUAAUCUUCCCCCCAGUCUUGGAUAUCGUAAGCUCCAUGACAUUCGGAGGAAUGACCACUUAUUCCAUAACUAAAAAUGGCUUGAUUAUCCUUAUAGGGGUCGUCGGAAUGGUCACUGGUACAUACGAAAGUAUUUCAGCCAUAGUGAAAGCCUUUAGCCAUAAUAGUUAGACGACCACAGGAAAAAAUUGGGGUAUUAUUGGGUCGGCCUCACGUAAUUUCGGUCCGUUUUAGGACUUUUUUUAUGAGGCUGACGGGCCUUGGAAGGAGAAAGUUGGAAGAAAAGUGCUCCCCCGGUUUGUGGAAUAUGCCAAGGAGUUUUACUUUGUUAUGUAAUUAAAAAUGCCACCAAUCUACGUCCUUAAGAAAAGUCAUUUGAGGGGUGUUUUUCACAAAAUAAUGUCGACAUAUUGUAAUUUAAGAUGUAAUUAUUAUUAGUGUUAUUGUUUAACGUAUUGUGAUAGUUUAUUGUGUGAUUAAUUCGUUUUUAGCGUUGAACUAAUUAUCGGAUAAGUGCAUUAAUGUUUUAAACCGUAAUUUAUUAUUUUGUAAUUUUUUUCUUGUAAGAUUUUAAGUCGUUUAAGUUAGGGACUAGGAAGGGAUUGUGAUAUCUUGAUUUCUUUUUCCUGUAACAAGCUUUUUAUUGCCUUUUUUUAUAUUUAAUAAAAAUCAUUUU